CAGUAAUACAAUACAUGGCAAUAUUUAUAUAGGAUUUAAUAGUUUAUUUUAUUAAAUAUCAAAAAUCUAAGAGGUGUGCAUUAUAGCUGACACCUAGAUGAACACUGUACAGUUGGUUAUAUGACUGUAAGUCAUUCCCUUCAAAUGCUAUUGAAGUUAGAAACGUGUAAAACAAUGUCGUGUGUAACUUUAGAGACGGUCCCUUAAUUUCCUGCGAAUCUGCGAAUACUGAACGUCCAACGUCAAACCAACUUUAUGCCAGAACAUGACUGCAGGUGUUAAAUCCCACAAGUCUAAAGCACAUAAGUGGACUUAAGUGAUUGUAAGGAUGCUCCAAGAGGCACACCCUACACGUCCACGAGCAGAUACGUGCGGGCUCGCGCGUCCACCAAAAGGGAGGCAGCUGCACAGUAAUAGAGCAGAGAUGAAAGAGAUGACAAGAGAGCUAACACAGACUCGAAUCCAGAAGAUCUGGGUGCCAUCCAAGGAAGAGAAACCCACAGUGCCUCGUAAAUCUGGUGGAGGCCCUCAUCUGGCCAACUCCCCCUUGGUCAUAGUGAUGGUUGGUCUGCCUGCCAGGGGCAAAACAUACAUUUCAAGGAAGCUCACUCGUUACCUCAACUGGAUCGGCAUCCCUACCAAAGUCUUCAACGUUGGUGAGUAUCGCAGAGAGACGGUAAAGAACUACAGCUCAUAUGACUUCUUCAAAUCAGACAACAAGGAGGCAGUCAAAAUAAGAGAACAAUGUGCCUUAGCUGCUCUCCAAGAUGUCAAGAUGUACCUCGAUGAGCUGGGUGGUCAAGUUGCAGUUUUCGAUGCCACAAACACAACCAGAGAAAGAAGACACAUGAUCCUGGAGUUUGGUGCUGAGAACAGCUUCAAGAUCUUCUUCAUCGAGUCCCUUUGUGACGACCCAAACGUCAUUGCUACCAACAUCAUGGAAGUGAAGGUCUCCUGUCCUGACUACCAAGACUGCAACAAAACAGACGCCGUGGAAGAUUUUCAGAAGAGGAUCGAGUGUUACAGAGCAAACUAUCAGCCUCUGGACCCUGAUGAUUAUGACAGGAACUUGUCCUUUAUCAAGGUGAUCGAUGUGGGCCGCAGAUUCCUAGUGAACUGCAUCCAGGAUCACAUCCAGAGCCGCAUCGUCUACUACCUAAUGAACAUCCACGUCCAACCACGCUCUAUCUACCUGUGCAGACACGGUGAGAGUCAGCACAACCUGCAGGGCCGCCUGGGAGGAGACUCGGGCCUCUCUACUCGUGGUAGAAAGUUCGCUGGAGCUCUGUCCAGGUUUGUCGGGGAGCAGAAUCUUAAGAACCUGAAAGUAUGGACAAGCCAGCUAAAGCGAAGCAUUCAGACUGCUGAGGCGCUGAACAUGCCGUACGAGCAGUGGAAAGCCCUGAACGAGAUCGAUGCAGGUGUGUGUGAAGAGAUGACAUAUGAAGAAAUGCGGGAGCGAUACCCUGAUGAGUUCGCUCUCAGAGAUCAGGACAAGUAUUAUUACCGCUACCCUACUGGGGAGUCCUACCAGGACCUGGUGCAGCGGGUGGAGCCGGUGAUCAUGGAGCUCGAAAGGCAGGAGAAUGUUCUAGUCAUCUGUCACCAAGCUGUCAUGCGCUGCCUCCUUGCCUACUUCCUAGACAAGAGUGCUGAUGAGAUGCCGUACCUAAAGUGUCCACUCCACACCAUAUUGAAGCUGACCCCAGUGGCCUAUGGAUGUAAAGUGGAGUCUAUCUCGUUAAACAUUGAAGCAGUAAACACACACCGGGAUAGACCUGAGGAGAUGAGGAGAAGUCAAGGCACUCUGAUUAGGAGGAACAGCGUGACUCCGCUCACGAGUCACGAACCCACAAAGAAGCCUCGUAUGGAUAGCCUGGACGAUGAAGACAUCCCCGAACUCACUCCAGCACCAAUGAGCUUCUGUGCCAGUACAACCAACCCCCUUGCACUGUCCACACAGCACUGGCUUGGCCUAGCUUGUCUACGCACUCUGUUCCACUACCUGACCGUCGUGUCAGUGUUGCUGUUUCAGAGGACCUGAAACACCACAUCACAGAGGAGCAUGACAUUGUCCAGCUCUACCAGUGAGGUGGAUGGUUUGCUUUGACUUUAUUCUGAUGGGAAUUAACAGAACCAAAUCCUUGCAGUGCAGGACCUUUUGAGUCUGUCUCUUUCUACAAGGACAAGGACAGAAAAUUGGCACUGAGGGUCCUUCAUCCUCAAAGGGGACUAAUGAAGCACCUGUGUGAGUGUGUGUGUGUGUGUGUGUGAGUUCACAAAGCACACUACGCCUCAAGUAAGGCCACAAAUACUAAGUUCUUUACAUUUCGUUUUAUUGUCUUAUGAUGUCAUAUGAUGUUUGUUAUGAAUUCCUGAAUACUGCUGCUGGCUUUGGGAAAGCUAAUUUGUUGUUAGUGUCCAAUGAACAUGUAUUUUAUAAUGAAGGAAUGUUUCUAUGAUGAGAGAGGUGUACGUACGGUUGAAAAUGUCAUCGUGUGUGUUUCUAACUGGAAUCUAUUUAUCCUGACAGGGUAUUUAUAAUUGUUUAUAAUGAUGAGGAAAAGGUGAUCUUUUUACUUGAUGUAUGACUGAGUGAAUUCCGUAGAGUGCCUAGUGCUUCGGCUUUCAGCCCGACAACGCUUUUUGGUACUAAUAACCUAAGAUCAUACUGCUAUACUGUUUCUAAGGAGGAAGUGUCUCAGACUUUAUUUCCAUAUGCAGUUCACGUAAACCAAAUGUUUACUAUAUGAAUUCCAAGGAUUUAUCUAUAUAUACAUUUCAUAGAUAAAAACAAGCUUUACUAUUUACUAUUUCAGACAAGUAUUAUUUAGAGGAUUUAGUGAGGAUGUAAAUGCACUUUGAGGAGCCUUGGCUGGGCUCAAAUGCUAGUUAUUUUAAGCAUAACACAAUGUAGGUGCAAAGUAUUUUAUUGCUCCUAACUGUAGUAAGAGGUACUAUUUUUUUGUUGUUUGUUUGUUUGUUUGUUUGCUUCUGACUUGAAUACUGUAUUUUGCAAUGCUGUAUAUUUUCUGUUAAUCUAUUUAUUUUUAAAUACAACCCACAUUUGUAUUUUGAGUACAAAGCACCCUCUAUGUUAAGAUUAUUUCCACACUUACCUGCCCCUUUAACACAAAAUGUUAAAUAAGAACUAAAAUGUGUAUUUGCUGCACCAAUAAAUAACCUGAAGGAAA